ACUAUGCCAAAUGGAUCCACUAUAGUCUGGGUCAUCCAAGAUACCUACGAGGGCGAGACGUUUUUCAAUACAUUUGACUUCUACACUGGUUCAGAUCCUACAAAUGGUUUGGUGACGUUUGUUGACCAACAGACAGCAUUCAACAGCGGUUUGGCGUAUGUGAACGCAGACAACAAGGUCAUCAUGAAGGGCGACAAUACGACUUGGCUAUCGGCUGGGGCCAACAGAAGCAGUGUCCGCAUAUCAAGUCAGACUGAAUACAAUAUGGGUCUCUUCAUACUGGAUCUGGACAUGGCUCCAUGGGGUUGUGGUGUUUGGCCUGCAUUCUGGACGGUUGGGAGUGGGGAAUGGCCAUUAACAGGUGAAAUAGACAUCAUCGAGGGUGUUCAUGACAACGAACAUAACCAAGUCACCUGGCAUACUGCUCCUGGUUGCAACUUAACUCAAAGCACCAACAUUACUGGGAUGAUUGUGCAAACGAAUGGCACUGAUAACCUUCAAUGCAAUGCGUUCAUCAACGACAAUGCAGGGUGCGGUGUGCUUGAAUGGAGUCGUGCAUCGUAUGGCCCAAUCUUUGACCAAAACCAGGGCGGAGUCUUUGCUAUGAAUUGGGAUGAAAACGGCAUCGCGGUUUGGUCAUUUUACCGCGCAGCUAUUCCUCAGGACAUUGUACAGGGAGAACCAAAUCCAUCCAAUUGGGGCACACCUGUUGCUGCACUGUCCACCCAGUCGUGUAAUAUUACCCAGUACUUCGCAAACCACUCGAUCGUAUUCGACAUCACGUUUUGUGGUGACUGGGCCGGCAACUCAUACGCUACAUCGGGUUGUCCUGGCACAUGCGAAAACAGGCUGAUGGAUCCGACUAAUUUUGUUAAUGCCUCUUGGAUCAUCAGAUCGCUGAAAGUCUACAAGCAGGCUUUGGUGCCAGUGGUCACGUCGAGCGCAACCCGAACACAUCCAAUAUUGGAAAUGACAGGUUGGAUUUUCUCUAUAGUAGUAUUCAUACACGCCAUGCUUGUCUCACUUUGAGAUGCUGGCUGUCC